CGAGGUGUUUUCUUGGAUUUUCUCUUGCCCCACCGCCCUCCCGCACAUCAAUAUCUUCAAUCAUGUCUCUAUAUAAAACAAAUUGACUUUAAUUAAGCAUUAUGCAAAGCGACGACGAGCAGGGCCCUAAUCCGCAGAGCACAGAGUUUGCCUCAAUUGCUGGCCUCAGCGCUUAAAUUAGUCGAGCAGCCACGCUCAACGGGUACACAGUCCCCCAGUCAGCAUGAAGAGCGACGAGAUCAUUGAUAAAAUACGCAACAAGCUGAAGGAAUCGGACCCUGGCCGGCGAACUGUCGUCAACACGUUUCAGUUCAACUUCACCGAUGCCGACGGCAAGCUCAUCAAGAGCAUGGCAUUGAACAUCUAUGAGGGCAGUGCGGCCAGUGCCGAUGCACAGGUUACCAUAUCCGAUGAGGAUUUCUAUCUGGUGGGCACCAAACAGAAGACUUUUCAGGAGAUUUUACAGCAGGACAAGGCAAAAAUCGAAGGCGAUGACCAGGCAAUCAACAAAAUGUUGGAGAAAUUUCGCAUAAAUUCGCAGAAUUAAUUGGAAUUACCAUGCCAUCUAAAAUCAUAUACAUUAAAUGCGUUUUUGUAUUCAUUUUAACAUAUAAUCCCAGCACUAUAAUGUUCCUUCCUGCUGUCAAGUACUCUGUAACGAUAUCAAUCGUAAUUCUAUUUACCAACAAUAUUGCAAAAUAAACAUUUUUUUAAUA